UAUUCUAACGCUAUUGAUAGAAAUACCAUAAAUUGUAUUUCUAUUAAGACAGGAAAAAGAAAAUUUUUUAAUUCCUUUGAAAAGAUAUUAAUACCUAAAUACUGAUUAAUAUCUUUUCCGUGGUUUGGAAUUUAUAUUCGCUCAAAAGCUUGAAUACACUGUCUAAUUAGAAAAGAAUUAUUAUUUCUAUUCUUAACAAAGGUAUCUGUUUCCCAGGUUCGCAAGAGAGUGCCUAAGGCCGGUGCUUUCGAUCCUUCCCGUUUAUCACCGCAAGGGGAAGCUUCUAGUAACUCCAUCUCAGGAUGGCGGCAAUGCCUAGCAUCUCUUUCCGGUUAGUUUUCACUCUUGAUAUUACGUCAGCAACGCUAACCAUGGUCAUAGUCGGUACAAUCAACGGAUGGACAACGAUUUCUCUUCUUUAUUUAAUAUCCGGGACCGGCGGCGUGCCGCUAACGUUAACACACGACGAAGCUUCAUGGAUGGUUUCUUUCACAGUACUUGGUUCAAUGAUCGGUUCACUUCUAGCUGCACAGUUGACCGUCCGCUGCAGUCCAUACUUGCUGUUUAUUGUAACAAUAUUAACAAAUGCACAUGUGAUAUACAUAUGCUACAGAUUUCAUACAAGAAAUAACAGCAUAGAUAACAGCUGA